AUGUUAAUACUAAAAAAUUACACUUUUUUAAUAUUAUAUUUUUUAAUACAUAAGAUUAAUGGAAGAUAUGAAAAUUUUUCAAAAAUUUUUAAAAAAGCAAAUCCUGAAUUAAUUGAGGUGUUAAAUAAUAUGCAACAACCACCAAGACAAAUUGGAAGUCGUUUAGAUACUCCAGUAAAUGUUAAACUUGGUUUUUAUAUUGAAAGUCUCGGAAAUUUUAGGGAAACAUUAAUGACAUUUGAUGCUGAUGUUUAUAUGUAUAUGUCAUGGAAUGAUCCAACAUUAAGACAUAAUCAAAAUCAUACAAUUUUAAUAAAUUCUCCGAAAAUACUUCUUCAAAUAUGGCGACCAGAUUUAUAUUUUUCAAACAGUCGUUCUGCAGCAUUCCAUGAUGUAACUGUUCCAAAUUUUAGUAUAUUUGUUGAUAAAUAUGGUACAAUUUCUUAUGGAACUAGAAUUACUCUUAAUGUUGCAUGUACAUUAGUAUUAAAUGCCUAUCCAUUUGAUAAUCAAUAUUGUAUGAUUAAAGUUUUAUCAUAUGCAUAUAUAAAAAAUGUUAUGAACGUAACAUGGUUUAAAGAGAAUCCAAUAUUAUAUAAUGAAGAAAUUGGAUUACCUGAAUUUGAAAUUGUAAAAAUUAAUGAAAACUAUUGUGAUGGUACAUAUAAAUAUGCUAGAACUAAAGAUUCAUUUAAAAAAGAUACUUUUAAUUGUUUAACAUUAAAUAUACAUUUAAGAAGAUCAAUUGGUUAUCAUGUUGUACAAACAUAUAUACCUACUGGAUUAAUUGUUAUUAUAUCAUGGGUAUCAUUUUGGAUUGAUAGACGUGCUGUACCAGCUAGAAUAUCAUUAUCUUUUUCAACUUUAUUAGCAUUAACAACUCAAUCAAAUGGUAUACGUUUUGGUUUACCUCAAGUUUCAUAUGCAAAAGCUAUAGAUUAUUGGUUUGGAUCAUGUAUGAUAUUUGUCUUCUCAACACUUCUUCAAUAUGCAUUUGUUAAUAAUUAUGUUAGAAGAAGUGAAAAAUUUGAAAAAUUAUCACAAAUACUUAAAAAAAAUGCAAAAUUAAUGGCUGACGAGUAUAAUAAAAAACAUUUUAAUAAAGCAAUAAAUUAUGAUAAAAGAAAAAAAUCUUUGGCAUUUGAUGAAUUUAAAAAGAAAAGUACUAUUGUUAAUGAUAAAAUUCAUGAUAGUAUGGAUUUUCCAAUUUAUUGUGUAGGUUCUGAAAAAGUAUCAUUUUUACCACCACCAUAUAAUCAACAGAAAUUGAGUCAUAUAAAUAGAAGAGAAUCAUUAAAUUAUCUAGUUAGAAGAAUGGGAAAUUCUUGCAGUCCACCAAAUAUAAGACGAAGAACUGAAAAUGGUAGUAUUAGUGAAGAAAGUUCUUUUAUUAAAAAAAAAGAUUUGGCAUAUAACAUUUUUGAUUCCAUGGAAUUUAUGGAUAUUGAGGAGAAGAAUUUUUUACAAAAUGCAAUGAUUGAUGGUGAUAUUCAGGGAAAAGAAAAUUUAACAUCUAUGGAAUUAAGUGGAAUAUUUCAUGAAUUAUCAAGAGAAUUUUCAAAAAAAAGUUUUAAUUUAGAUGUUUAUUCAAGAAUUGCUUUUCCAAUUUUGUUUUUAAUAUUUAAUAUCUUUUAUUGGACUAAUUACCUUUUGCAGCAUCAACUAAAUUAA